AUGAGGGCGCCAGCUGCCCUUGCGGGCUGGGCUUGCAUCACCUCCUGUCUGGCCUCCUGCGCGGCUGCCUUCUCCCACGGUGCCAGUGCAGGGGCCUGUGAGGACCUGCAGCCCAGACACAUCGGAGCCCAGCCCCAGCGCCGCGGCCCCCACCACAUUGCCAUCCACACUGGCAGGUCUUCUUACUCACCCGGAGACCAGAUUCCAGUGAUGGUGAGAAGCAGCCGCAAUUUCAUGGGCUUUCUGCUGCAGGCCCGGCGUGCGUCUGAGCGGCACACAGCUGGCACUUUUGUCUUCAUUCCUCCUCGUUCCAAACAGAUGAGUUGUCUCGAAGAGGCCGACACAGUCACCCACUCAGACAAGUCCCCGAAACGAAACCUCUCGUUCCUGUGGAAGGCCCCUGCCCUGCCUGUGGGGGACAUCAGGUUCCUAUUAUCAGUAGUCCAGUCGUAUUUCAUUUACUGGGCAAGGAUUGAAUCGGCUAUUGUAUUGCAAGAGACACACAGCAGCGCCUACCCCGGUGACCUCAGCAGCUCGGAGCCUGGGCCACGGGUGCUGGCCCCGGGGCGGCCGUGGAGCAACCGCGAGGAAACCGGCCCAGGAGCUGCUGAGAACAGCCUUGAUCUUGCUCCUCCCAGUCCUGUGCUUAUGACGCUGCCUGUGGACACCCAGACUCUGACCUCAGAUCCUAUGCACACAGAGAUGAUCACUAGCAGAAGCCAAGGGCCCCAUGGGGACAGCAACCCAGCCCUAGAACCAUCAAUGGAUGUCCAUAAGCUGCAGAGGCUUGCGGCUCUCAGGUGAAUCUGUUCUCUCCUUAGGACUCAGGGUGACCAAAACUUAAAUUCCUUGGAAACCUGCCUGUCUUUGGAUACAGAUGAACAGGACAGAAUGAUGGCCUCUAACAGGACCCUGAGGAGGCCUUCUCUGCUCACUCUCCAUCUUACCAAUCCCGAGCAUCUAUGGCCCUUUGAAGCAUUCAGUGGGCAUGGGGCUGAGGUAGCCGACCCAACUCCUGACUUCCACAUCUCUGGCAUUUCCAGGCCCACCAGCCGUGAAGAGGAACUAAGGCCUUCUGCUAGCUUCCUACCUGAGUCAAAGUACCAGGAGGCCAGCGUGACCAAGGGGACUGCAGGGGCUGACCUAGGACACCCUGACAAGACCAACCCAAGGCCCAAAGUUGGGCUAGAGAAAGAUAGUGCCCCUUUGGGGAUCCAGUUGAGAACUCCUAAGUUGGGGCUUCUGCUAAGCCUGGCAGCGACUCUGGUCACGGCCCUGGCUGCUGGCCUUUGCUACCUGUGCACUCAUUAUUGCCACAGACAGACAAAAGUGUCCUUCAGCGAGCCUGCUGCAGGUGCUUUUACCAGGAGCAAUAGUGAGGAGACUAUACAUGUCAGGAGAAUUAAGGGAAACAGUUUUAUCCUGGUUCAAGCAGAAUACAAUUGGCUCACCCCUUCUGUGGGUAGCAAGAAAACAGUCUUCUGA